CUUCGUUCCUUCACAUCCCAUAGCGUUUCGCCGCAUCCCAGUCCUUCAAAACAGAAACCAUGAGGAACGAGGAGAAAAUAGGAACUUUAGAAGAAACAGCACAGAAACGACGAGAGAGGUUGCUCGCCUUGAAGAGGAAAAGGCAAGGAGAUUCUGAGGAUAAGGAUGAUAAUGAUGAGGAAAAGGAUAAUGAAGAACUACCUUCUUCCCAGGUCUUGUUUAGAAAUUACAAGCCGAGAGAUGAAGCUUUAGAAGAGGUCGCCCUUCCAGCUGUAGAGCCGGCUAAGGUUGAAGAUUUAGUAAAACAGCAAUUAAAUGAUGGAGAGAAAGCCAAGGAGGAAGUGCAGGUGGAGAUAACAAACCUGGCACCCAAGAAAAUCACCUUUGACCUGAAGCGUGGCAUUCAGGCUCAACUGGACAAGCUUGACCGGCGCACAGACAAGUCUAUUGCGGAACUCAUUAGACAGAGACUGAAGGAGGGAAAACAACAAGACUUCCUUAUUGCAGUGAAUGCAGGUGCUCAAGCACAACAGAAGGCUGGAUAUGAUUCUGAUGAAGACUGAAUAAAAAAAUGGGAUUCAGUAUGUAUAUUUUGGGGGGAUGCUAAUUUUUUUUUUUUUUUUUAUGUAAUAUAUAUUUGAUCUUGGAAUUCUAUAUCUGACUGUUUUGUUAUAGCAAAAUAUAUUUUACUAUAUAAGAUGUUUUCAUUGCCAUUUUCAGCAAUUCCUCUUUUUAAAGGAAUAAAGAAAGACAGGUAUCCAAUUUUGAAUAAAAUUUGAAAAUUG